AUGUCAAUAUAUCGACUUUAUUAUUUUAAUGCUCGUGGUCGUGCUGAAAUCUCUCGUUUAAUUUUUGCUGCUGCUGGUCAAAAAUUUGAAGAUAUUCGUUAUGAAUUUAAUGAAUGGCCAGCACAUAAAUCAGAAACACCAUUAGGUCAAUUACCACUUCUUGAAGUCGAUGGUGUUAAAUUAGUUCAAUCAGCUACCAUUGCACGUUUUCUUGCUAGAAAAUUUCAUUUAGCUGGUAGAGAUAUUCUUGAACAAGCUAAAGUCGAAGCUGUUACUGAUACAAUUAGUGAUGUCAUACCAGAAAUAAUGUCCAUUCGUCGAGAACAAAAUGAAAGCAAAAAACAACAACUAUUACAAAAAUUUUCCGAUAAUUUACCAAAAUAUUUACAAAAUCUUGAAAUUUUAGCUGGAUUAUAUAGUAAUGGUGGUUGUUUUUUUGUUGGUAAUCAUUUAACCUGGGCAGAUUUAUUUUUCUAUGAUCUUGGAGAAACUAUUCUUCAAUGUGAUAGACAUUCUUUAAAUACUUAUCCAUGGUUAAAACAAAAUCGUUCUGAAGUUGCAAAACAACCCAGAAUUGCUGAAUAUCUAAAGAAUGGUCCUAAAACACCAUUUUAA